CGUCGCGGCGCCGCGCUCGGUCGCCAGCAUGUCCCUACGCUUCGUGGUGACCCCGGCGGGCGGGGUGGGGCACGCGGGGACCGGGACAGACAGAGGUGGUCCCGACCUCGACCUCGGCGACACCGAUCCCAGGGACCCCGGUCCUGGCGCCAACACUGACCUCCAAACCGCGCCUGAUCCGGGGGUGGACGCGCUGCCCAUCCUGCUCUACUGUCGUGAGCCCAGCCGCUACGGAGAUGGGACGCCCCGGGAGAGCAGCCCAUUCAUCGGCAGUGUGGACAUGGAGCGAGACAGCUACUAUGAGGGAAAGAACAUGGCGCUCUUUGAGGAGGAGAUGGACAGCAACCCCAUGGUGUCCUCCCUGCUGAACAAGCUGGCCACCUACACCAACCUGAGCCAGGGCGUGGUGGAGCACGAGGAAGAUGAAGACAGCAGGCGGCGGGAAGCCAAGGCCCCGCGCAUGGGCACCUUCAUUGGUGUCUACCUGCCCUGCCUGCAGAACAUCCUGGGUGUGAUCCUCUUCCUGCGCCUGACGUGGAUCGUAGGGGCAGCAGGUGUCCUGGAGUCCUUCCUCAUCGUGUCCAUGUGCUGCACCUGCACGUUGCUGACUGCCAUCUCCAUGAGUGCCAUUGCCACCAACGGCGUGGUCCCAGCUGGCGGCUCCUACUACAUGAUAUCUCGGUCGCUGGGGCCUGAGUUUGGGGGCGCUGUCGGCCUCUGCUUCUACCUCGGCACGACAUUCGCUGGGGCCAUGUACAUCCUUGGGACCAUCGAAAUCUUCCUGACCUACAUCUCCCCAGGAGCGGCCCUGUUUCAUGCAGAGGGGGCGGGUGGCGAGGCAGCCGCCAUGCUGCACAACAUGCGGGUGUAUGGCACCUGCACGCUGGCCCUCAUGGCUGUGGUGGUCUUCGUGGGCGUCAAGUAUGUCAACAAGCUGGCCCUGGUCUUCCUGGCUUGUGUGGUGCUGUCCAUCCUGGCCAUCUAUGCUGGUGUUAUCAAGACUGCCUUUGACCCGCCCGACAUUCCGGUCUGUCUCCUGGGGAACCGCACACUGGCAAAGCACAGCUUCGACACUUGUGCCAAGGUUCACGUGGUCAACAAUGGCUCAGCAAUAGUGACCACUGCGCUCUGGGGCCUCUUCUGCAAUGGCUCCAGCUCCAGCGCCACCUGUGACCAGUAUUUCAUGCAGAACAACGUCACUGAGAUCCAGGGCAUCCCCGGCGUGGCCAGCGGCGUUUUCCUGGCAAACCUAUGGAGCACGUACUCAGACAAGGGCGCCUUCGUGGAGAAGGAGGGCGUGCUUGCAGUGCCCGUGCCCGACGAGAGCCGUGCCAGUGGGCUGCCCUACGUGCUGACUGACAUCACGACCUACUUCACCCUGCUGGUUGGCAUCUACUUCCCCUCUGUCACUGGUAUCAUGGCAGGGUCCAACCGCUCCGGGGACCUCAAAGAUGCACAGAAGUCUAUCCCCACGGGGACCAUCCUGGCCAUCGUGACCACGUCUCUCAUUUAUCUCUCCUGCAUCGUGCUCUUUGGGGCCUGCAUUGAAGGUGUUGUCUUACGAGAUAAGUUUGGAGAGGCCUUGCAGGGAAACCUAGUCAUUGGCAUGCUGGCCUGGCCAUCCCCUUGGGUCAUCGUCAUUGGCUCCUUCUUCUCCACCUGUGGUGCUGGCCUGCAGAGCCUGACAGGAGCACCCCGCCUGUUGCAGGCCAUAGCCCGUGACGGCAUCGUCCCCUUCCUGCAGGUAUUUGGCCACGGAAAAUCCAAUGGGGAGCCCACAUGGGCCCUGCUGCUCACGGCCUUCAUCUGUGAGACCGGCAUCCUCAUUGCCUCACUGGACAGUGUGGCUCCCAUCCUGUCCAUGUUUUUCCUCAUGUGCUAUCUGUUUGUGAACCUGGCCUGCGCUGUGCAGACCCUGCUGCGCACGCCCAACUGGCGCCCUCGCUUCAAGUUCUACCACUGGACGCUGUCCUUCCUGGGCAUGAGCCUGUGCCUGGCCCUGAUGUUCAUCUGCUCCUGGUACUACGCACUCUUUGCCAUGCUCAUUGCUGGCUGCAUCUACAAGUACAUCGAGUACCGCGGGGCUGAGAAGGAGUGGGGUGAUGGCAUCAGGGGCCUGUCGCUGAAUGCCGCCCGUUAUGCCCUACUGCGUGUGGAGCACGGGCCUCCCCACACUAAGAACUGGAGGCCCCAGGUGCUGGUGAUGCUGAACCUGGAUGCAGAGCAGGCCGUGAAGCAUCCACGCCUGCUGUCCUUCACCUCACAGCUAAAGGCCGGCAAGGGCUUGACCAUUGUGGGCUCUGUGCUGGAGGGCACCUUUCUGGACAAGCACGCCGAGGCACAGCGGGCUGAGGAGAACAUCCGGGCGCUGAUGGGUGUAGAGAAGACCAAGGGCUUCUGCCAGCUGGUGGUGUCCUCCAGCCUGCGGGACGGCACGUCCCACCUGAUCCAGUCGGCAGGCCUGGGCGGCAUGAAGCACAACACAGUGCUCAUGGCCUGGCCCCAGGCCUGGAAGCAGGCAGACAACCCCUUCUCCUGGAAGAACUUUGUCGACACCGUCCGCGACACUACGGCUGCGCACCAGGCCCUGCUGGUGGCCAAGAACAUCGAUGCGUUCCCCCAGAACCAGGAGCGGCUGGGCGAGGGUCACAUUGACGUGUGGUGGAUUGUGCACGACGGCGGCAUGCUCAUGCUGCUGCCAUUCCUGUUGCGCCAGCACAAGGUGUGGCGCAAGUGCCGGAUGCGCAUUUUCACAGUGGCCCAGGAAGCCGACAACAGCAUCCAGAUGAAGAAGGACCUACAGAUGUUCCUGUACCACCUCCGCAUCAGCGCCGAGGUCGAGGUGGUGGAGAUGGUGGAGAAUGACAUCUCCGCGUUCACCUACGAGAAGACGCUGAUGAUGGAGCAGAGGUCCCAGAUGCUGCGGCAGAUGCAGCUGUCGAAGACUGAGCAGGAGAGAGAGGCCCAGCUGAUCCAUGACCGGAACACUGCGGCCCACGCCGCGGGGGCCACCAGGAGCCAGGCCCCGCCAACGCCAGAUAAGGUGCAGAUGACCUGGACAAAGGAGAAGCUGACUGCAGAGAGGCACAAAGACAAGAGUGCAGGCAGCGCGGCGGGGUUCAGGGACCUCUUCAGCCUGAAGCCGGACCAGUCCAAUGUCAGGAGAAUGCACACAGCCGUGAAGCUGAACGGUGUCGUCCUGGCCAAGUCCCAGGAUGCCCAGCUGGUCCUGCUGAACAUGCCGGGGCCUCCCAGGAACCGGCAGGGUGAUGAGAACUGUAUCCUUUGGUGCAGCCCGGGGGCGGGACCACUGGCCUUAACUCCACACCCAGACAUGGAGUUCCUGGAGGUCCUGACUGAGGGGCUGAACAGGGUGCUCUUGGUCAGGGGCGGCGGCCGCGAGGUCAUCACUAUCUACUCCUAAGGCCAGUGCUGCCAGGCGGGCGAGUGCCGUGCUCUGAGGUGCCAGCAAGACCAGUGUGUGGCCUCCUUUGGGACCCCUCUCUGAAGAGGCCUGGGCAGCACUGGGGAGACAAGGUGGGGCUGGUACAGGAUCUAUACUCCUUGGGGGCUGUCCAGUGUCUGGGCAGUUGCCGCCCACUCCCACCUAGGGCACUCACCACAUGUACUGCACUGGGGCUGAGGACCACUGCCCUCCCCGUGUUGGUUCUGCCCUGUCCAUACCCACCCAGAAGAGAGCAGGCAUGAGGAUGCAGGCCCCGGCAUCAGGGCAGCGCAUGGCCCACAGGGUCGGGUCCACAGUACUGACAGGGCACAAAUGCCAAGGUUUCCCAUGUUGCCUAAGACAGCAGCGCCCCCCACUGCCCUGCUUGAGAGGCACCAUUUCACUCCUUGCCCUCCAGAAAGGCCAGGGCUGUCUCUGGCCAGAAAAUGCUGGCCAGAUGCUCUCACCAUGUCCCCAUGUCCCCAUCUGGGACAGGCUAUUGGUACCUCAAGGGCCACACACAGUUUGCACUUUACCUUUGAGCUUUCUGCUUUGUAGGUCACAGUCCUGGGUCACAGCAGUGAUUGGUGCCUUGCUCUCUGCAGAGUGUAUUUAUUUAUUUAAAUAGUGGGGGGUGGCACCCUGUUAAUCACAUUUAUGUGGGAAGCCCAGGGCCACACACAGCCUUCAUGGCAUCCAGGUUCCCCCAGAAAAUUGGCUGUGGCACGAGGGGCCAGGUCAGACAGUGGGCUAGUGGGCUGUGUGUCCAGCCAGCACGGUGAACCCUGCCUACUUUGCUGGGCCUUGGCCCAGGGUAGAGCAGGUGGCUCCCAGUCCGGUUCCGGAGCCUGGCUUGUGAGGUCGCGUGCCCGCCCCGGGAGCCCUUGCUGUGGCUGUUCAGUCUCCCGUCCACAUUCUCCUUUUACAGCUCCAUGUCUUUGUACAAUUUUGUUAGUGGAAUAAAGUCCUGUGGAAUCUGA